AACGGACGAGAGCGGAAAGCGUGCGCCUCGGUUGUCCAGUCUUUGGGUGCUGUGUUUUUCGUGUCGGCAAGCCCGGCGCGUCAACUUGCAGGUGGGCCCGUGUGCCUGCCUGCAAAGGGCCAGGGCGGGCCGCUUGGCGGGGCGAGCCAGGCCACCGGCCCGCGCCCAUGUUCGUUGGCCGGCCCCCCGCCUGCCCCGCCCCGACGGAAAUUGCCCCCGUUGUGGCUGCCGUAGUUUUGCCCGGCGGGCGGGCCCGUGGUCGUGUGUUGCUAAUUGAGCAUGGGGCCGCAGCGCCUGCGCGGCCGGCUGUGUUCUCAGUCUCGUGGCGGGGCUGCCCGGUGUCUGUUGCCGCGUGGUUCAUUGUGUUGCGCGCGCUCGCCGCCGGCUUUUUCCCCGCUCCCUCGGAAUGGAAAGUUGGCGCGCGGCCCCUGUUGGGUCUGUCGCGUGUGCUACUAGCGUCGUGGCUGGCAAAAAAAUUCGUGUCGCAGGUAGCACAGCCUGUGCGCAGUUCCCCACCCACGGUCGGCGGCCUUUCAUAGUAGGGGGCCCGCCGUGUGUGUCCUGCGUUUCAUCGUCUCAGCAGCGGUG